AUGUUAAGGGGGCUCUUUAAGAAUACAGAAGAAACACCAGUUGUUCUUGAUGAAGAAGGUAAUGAUGUGACACCAAAAACUGUGAAAAGGAACAAAGGUGAAGGUAAGAGCAGCCAGAGACAUAUAGAAAAGAAGCAACCUAUUGAAGACAAACUGAGCCAGAGUCAAAGAAAACCUAGGGAGAAGACUGUGAGUACUGAGAUAAAGGAAAAAGAGAAGAGCACUGAGAACAAGGCAAAAGAGAAGGCACUGAGAACAAGUCAGAAGAGUGUGAGCCAGAGUAAACUGAGUCAAGAAAAGAGAAGGCAAAAGAGUGUGAUUUCUGAGGGUAAUGUUGGUGCAGAGCAAGGUGGUGAAGAGAAGUUGACUCAGAGUGAAAAGAAGAAGAGUAGUGAGGUGAAUUUGAGACAGAGUCAGAGAAUUAGGGAGAAGAGCAAUGAAGACAAGGGCAGCCAGAGAACAGGUAGCCAGAAGAGCAUUGGAGGAGGCUUGAGGAAGAGCCAGAGAUUACAAAAGGAGAAAAAUUCAGAAGUGAACUUGAGCAAAAAAGGGGGGCCUAAGUUGACUGAGAAAUCAAGCAAAAGUGGGACUUCAAAAGUGGAAAUGGAGAAUGAGGAAGAAGAUGUUGAAGGUGUUUAA